GAAAAAGUAGCUUAAAACCAGCAUUUUAAAAAUCCGGAAAUACCUCGAGAUAAGUUAGAAUUUGCAUCACAAAGCCCGAUUUGUGUGUGGAGUGGGUCCAAGGAUCUUAAAGGGACUUUGGGGGCCCGCAGAAAGAUCAUUCUUCAGAACAGGUUAAAAGCUUCAUGGACACCAGCAGAGCUUUCCUUCACUGGGCGCCAUCAGCAUCCCGCAGGGAGAGGCAAGUUGAUUGUGAUGGAAGGGGCUUCCCUUUUGUGCUGUGUGACCCACUUUAUCACUUUCAAGGGCAGCCCCCCGCCCCCGGCUUCUGUUGCCUUUGUGAGAGACUUAGUGGAGUUCUGUAAUGUUUGCUUUAUCUGCUGCUAACUAGAUUCCUGCUAACUGGGCCAAGAGGCACCUUUUAAAGUGGAGCAGAGAGAGAGCAAUUGCUCAUAUAGAAGCCCAGCACAGCACCCCUCCCAGGGUUUCCCUUGACUCUUUCUCAGAUCACAUGGCCCUUUGGAACAGGGGACUACUCUUUGGGGCCCUCUUGUGCAACACAGUUUGGGAAGCAACCCUGCUAAGUGGGCCAAGAGGCACCUUUGAAAGUGGCUUCUCUCUUCUUCUGUGCAGCUGGGGAAGAGCAACUGUUCCUCUUCAGCCCAAGAAUGCUAUCUUCAGCCAGUGUGUUUCUGCUUAACAUGCGAGCUCCUUUAGGACAGGGAACCAUGUCCUAAACCACUGUGGCACACAGUUUAGGAAUCACCCCUGCUAACUACACAAAGAGACACUUUUUAAAGUGGUAGUUCUCUUAUGUUUAGUGGGCGGGGCGGGGGAGCAACUUAAAGUGAUGGCUCUCUUAUAUUGGGCUGCAUCCAGACCAGGAGGUUUUUUUGCAGGUUCUUUAGCUGAAUCAUAAUGGGUAAUCCAUGAUGGUUUUUCUUGUCAGGUCAUUGCACAAUGUUCCGUCCACACAGGGCUUUGAUAGAGGGUGGCAAUACUUCCCACUUCCAUCCAGUGUGGCUUGUGUCCUGUCCCAUUGUAAACCACCUUCUCCACCCCAAAAAGAAAGAUAUCAUGUGCGUAUGCAGUUAAACCUCCUCUCUUGAACUCUCCUUUAAAAAGGGUGUGUGGGGGGGAACGGAACUACCAAGAUAUCACUCUUCCAAUUAACAUGUGAUGUUUCCUUUUCAAGGUUUCUCCUUUCCCACUCCCGGGAACCAGGAGAUGAUUUCCUUGGUCAUUUUCCUCCCAUUCCAAGCAAAUAUGAAGCCGUAUGCAAAUGCAUGCUUACAUCCUGAAAGCUGUUUUAACUUCUUUUUUUAAAAAACCUUUGUGGAGUGGUGUACUGGACUGCUGGGAUAUCAGUCUUCCAGAUAAAUAUUAUUAUUCUGAUGUGCCCCAAUUUGGAGUCGUGGCAGACAAUCUUUUUAUACUCCAGUCUCAUGGUCUUGAUCUUAGAUCUGCACUCCAGAGCCACACGCGGCACCUUGCAGCCGUUGCUGCCGCUUCUCCCACCCGUGGCCACUUACGGAGUCAUGAUGCCAUUGCUGCCGCUCUUCCCGCCCACCAUCACUUGCGGUGCAUUUUCACCAUUGCUGCCGCUCCUGUAGCCCCGCUGCUGCUUGCUGAGCCUCUCCACCAUUGCUUCUGCUCCUCCCACCCGCUGCGCUGCGACUGCUUGCGGAGUCCUGCUGCUACUGCCGCUGUUCCUGCCACUUCUCCCACCUGCCACUGCUUACAGCACCUGGUCGCCAUUGCCAGCAUUGCUCUUGCCCCACCGCUGCUUGUGGUGCCAUGUCAUUAUGGCCACCAUUGCUGCCACUCCUCCUGCCUGCCACCGCUUGUGCUGCUCUGCUGCUGCUGGAAGAGAUUUGCAGCCUAUGCUCCCGUUGCUGUUGCUUCUCCCACCCACUGCUGCUUGCGGAGCCCUGCCACUGUCGUCACCAUUGCUGCUCCUCCUCCUGCCCCUUGAGGUGCAUGACCACCAUGGCUGCCGCUCCUCCCCCUGCCACUGGUUGUACCUGGGCAAGUUAGGUGUGGCAGGAAGUGCACCGGAGCAGCCCAAGCCAAAGUCACAACAAGCCAGAAGCCAAGGAUCCGUCUGGUGGGAGCAGGCACAGUCAGAGUCAAAAAGUAGCAAGGAGCCAGAAGCCAAGGAAUCCAAGAGCAGGGACCGAGAAGAAGGCCAAACACACCCACUACAGAAUUGCUUCAGCGAGAAGCAGAGGCAAACCGAGGACUUCAGUUGCAGCUAGAGGUACAGCCCCGCCCAAACCUGGAAUGUCCUUGGUCUUAAAGGGUCUGUCUCCUCCAUUCCAGGCCCUGGCUCCAGCAGUUGAGGUCCUGGUGCCCUUUCCUCAUCCUCCGAGUCUGAGGAAAAGGGUAGGGGAGUGUUGAGAGGGUCAGCAGGUAGGGGGAACACUGGUGUUGGAGGCAGAGUCUCCUCGAACCCCUCUUCCUCUUCCUCCUCCUCCUCCGUGUCAGACCCUGGGGUCAGGUCCAGGGCUCUUGACUGACUGCCUCCUCCACAGAAUCCUCAGAGUCAGACUCAGGUGCUAUGGAGUCGUCAUGCUUGGGGUUCAUGCCAUCAUCUGCACCACCCCGCUGCCUCUUGUGCCAUCCUGCUGCCAUGUGCAGUGCUUUGCCGUAAUUCUGCCAUUCCUGCCACUCCUCCCUCUCCUGCCCACUGCCCAGCUGCUGCUUGAGGAGCCCUACCGCCAUUGCCACCUGCCGCUGCUUGCAGAGCCUUGCCGCCAUGACCACCACUACUGCCGCUCCUCCAGCCCAGUGCGUCAUCCUGAGGCCACUGACAGCACCUUGCUGCCAUUAACAGCAUUGUUGCUGCCCCUCUUGCCCCACUGCCACUUGCAGAGCUUUUGGCCACCAUGGCUGCCAUUCCUGGCACUCCUCCAGCCUGCCGCCCUGCCGUCGCUCACAGCGCCUUGCCAGCACUGCUGCCACCCUGCCACUGCUCUCAGAGUUUUGCCACCAUUGCCGCCGUUGCUGCUGCUGCUCCUGCCUACUGUGGCAGGUGUUGCCCUGAUCCUGCUUGCGAAGCUUUGCAGUCAUUGCUGCAGCUCCUCCCACCCACUGCCCCACUGCUGCUUGAGGAGCCCUGUCACCAUUGCCCCCAUUGCCUCUCCUCCUGCUGCCCCUUGCUGUGCAUUACCACCAUUGCUGCUGCUCCUCCCCCCCUGCCAGUUGUGCUGCCCCACUUCCUCAUGUGCCUCUCUGCUGCCACCUGCAGAGCUUUUCCAUAAUUGCUGCCAUCCCUGCUGCUUCUCCGGCUCCCGCCCACCAGCCCGCUGCUGCUUGCAAAGCCUUACCGCCAUUGCCACUGUUGCUGCUGCUCCUCCCACCUGCCACUGCUUGCAGAACCUUUCCACCAUUGCCUUCUCCAGUGUAGCCUACCACGCUGCCGCCACUUACAGUGCCUUGCCACCACUGCCAGCAUUGCUGCCACCCCUCUUGCCCCAUCAUUGCUUGUAGCACCUUGCCACUAUUGUUGCUGUUGCUGCCCGCUGCCACUCGUGCUUCCCCCUUGCCACCUGUACAGCCUUGCCACCACUGUUGCCAUUCUUGCCUCUCCUCCCUCCCGCCACCCCACUGACGCUUGCAGAGCACUACUGCCAUUGCCGCUGUUGCUGCCACUGCCACUGCUUGCAGAGCCUUUCCAUCAUUGCCACCAUUCCUGCUGCUUCUCCAGUUGAGCCCACCAUCCUGCUGCCACUUACAGUGCCUUGCCACCAUUGCUGCCACUCCUCUUGCCCCAUCACCGCUUGCAGCACCUUGCCACGAUUGUUGCUGCCCGCUGCCACUUGCGCUGCCCCAUUGCCACCUGCAGAGCUUUGCCGCCAUUGUUGCCAUUCCUGCCUCUCCUCCCUCCUGCCACCCCACUGAUGCUUGCAGAGAGCUACUGCCACUGCCACUGUUGCUGCCACCUGCCACUGCUCUCAGAGCCUUGCUGCCAUUCUUCCCAAUCCUUCAUGGAAAUAGCUGACUGCAAAGAUGGUGGUGUUGAGAAAGGUUUGGAUUCUUGGAUCACAGCUGAUAUUAUCUCCAUGGAGGAUGCCUGGAUGGUGUACAGUUCAUAAAGAUGAGGGAGAAUGUGUUGGGCAGGAGAAAUGGUUGAUGAAACAAAGCUGGGGGGAAACCUGGGAAAAAGUGUCCAUGCCAUCUUGGAAUUUAUAAUAUCAAGGGGAAGGAACCUUCCAGGAAAUUGGACAUGCAUGCUGGGUUUCAGGAAGUUAUCUUAGAGGAAUAGUAGAUAGGAUUCUAUUCCUAGAAAGCCUGAAGGAAAAAAGAGUUGAGGGGGAAUAGGAGAUUCUGAAAAGUGAAAUACUGAAAGCACAUUUGCAAACAGUUCCCAUGAGAGGGGAAAAUGGGAGACAUCUCAAGAAACUAGAGUGGAUGCACAGAGAACAACCUGAGCAGCUAAGAAGCAAAAAGAACACAUACAAGAAAUGGAAGGAGGGGCAUAUAAUCAAGAAAGAAUAUGAAAGAGUGAUCCAAACCUGUAGAGAUGGUGUCAGGAAAGCUAAGGCUAAGAAGGAGCUGAGGCUUGAGAUGGAUGUCAGAAACAACAAAAAGGAAUUCUACAGAUAUUAGCAAAUUUUGCUGGUCAGUGACCAUAAUAAAGAGGAUAAUGAUCUCAGCAAACUACAAAACCCAGCAGUUCUCUGAGGGACACUGCUGGAGCAAUACCCAUCUUCUGCACUUGCCUGAUCGGCUCUGACCAUGGUCCUGAUCUGGAGCACUGGGAGCUGUGUAGGAUCUGGUGCUUGUCUCAGAAGGCAUGAUGGCAUCACCUGGAGCAGGAAACAAUUCCAGGGAAAUAAGCCACCCACAGACCCUCUGUCAGAUCUAGACAGGGAUUUGGUUUGUGGCUCCAUGCAGCCUAUGACGAAUUGCGGUCCCCAGGAUGAGAAGUAGGAAAAGGGGGAGCCUGAAGGUGAGGAUAUGCUCUGGGUUCCUGGGGAAUUGUUGGGAGGGGAUGGAAAAUCCUGAUUGUUGUCCCUUCUUUUAGCCCAUACAACAGGCGUAUAGAGCAGAUGAGUUUCAUUGGGCCCAUAUUGCAAUAAAACACACCACAGCGGCUUUUCUAGAAGAGGGCUUUGGCAAGAAGGUGAGUCCCUUUUACAGAAGGAAGUUACAAUUCAACCCUCUCUGGAUUAUGUGGCAAAUACAUGGGAAACUCUGCACAGUCCAUUGUGGGGCAAGCACAACUGGGCUAUGACACAGCAAUUCUGACAUUUGCCAAGGAGUCUUUUCAAAGAUGCCCAUGAUUCUUUGCCCACAAAGGAAGAUUCAUGGCAUCCCUGGAGCUUUGAGAUGGCCCAGACUCAGGAGAAAAAGAGACUGAAAGCCCCAGAGCUCACCUUCUUCCCGCUGCUGUGUUCUAGGCUGAAGGCAAUCACACACCUUUUUCAGAGAAGGAGCACCAAGGUAACCUCUGCUGCCCCAGACCCAGCAAGGAUCAGGAAGGACCCACCUGUCAUUCAGAGGUAAGUGUUUGGGAGAUCAUCUGGGCCAGUAAAUGCUCUGGGACAGCUUCAAUAAGCAGAUAGGAGUCUCCCAGAAGGGAGAAGAUGAUUGGGAAAAAACCCUAGUCCCAUGGGGAAUUGCUGGCGGGGCGGGGGGAGGAAAAUCUUGAGGAUUACCUUAUGUUCUUAUAUUCUUAGCUCUUGUUGCAAUUUGUAAAACAGCCCUGUAGGGUAGGUAAGUAUUGUGUCCCUCAAGCAGAUGGGAAGACUGAGGCACUGGAAAAUGCCUGAGGCCUCCUUGUGAGUUUCCUGACAGAGGCAGGAUCCAAACAGAGGACUUCCAUAUUGAUAGCAGAUGUUUCUACCUUGGGUCCCCAGAUGUUGUUGGACUGCAACUCCCAAGGGCCAUUGUAGCUGGACAUGAUGGAAGUUGUAAUCCAACAACAUCUGGGGACCCAAGGCUGAGAACCCUGGACUGUGCAGCUGCUUAAAAUGAAAUGGCAAGGUACAAAUUGUCAAUAACAGAGAACUAUCCCUAUGGAGUUGUAAUUAUGAGGAUUUAUCUGGAAGACUCGUAAACUAAAAUGACCUGACGUUCCAAGUGCCAUGUGGGAGAAGAGAUCCCAGGCAUCACCCCUGGUAAAUCUCACAAGAGAGGAUGGUAGCAAUUGGUUCCACUGCAUCCCCUGCCUGGUGCCUAUCAAUCCACAAGAUUGUGGCAUGGCUGCCCAGGCCAAGUUGAGUUCCAUAACUGGAUCCUGCUGCCUACAUGUGGGCCCAAAACACAAUGGAGAGGCUGCAGAUUAAAACCCUGACUGGCUGUGAAGGCACACCAACACCUGGAGAAGAAACGGGAAAUGUUAUAAAGGAAAAACAAUGUCUCCAUGGACAUAGCAUUUGUAAACCUUUGAGUGUCAGCAACCCAUGCCUUCAGACACCCAGUGCGGGACACAGUCAUGGCUGCCCCAAUGCGGAACGAGUGCAUUCCAAAGAGCAUGGGGGACAACCCAAGCCUCCUGAGUGCCUUCCUUGUGACUGACCAGAACUGGUAUUGUGUAAGCGGUGCACCACUGGCAUGCGCAAACAGAAUUCUACCUCCUGCACCUCUCAUGCCCAAAUAGCGCUCAAAGGAGUGAACCAGACAUAACUCCAUGUGUUCUGACCUGCAUAGCCGGAUGAGAAAGCCUUACCCCUUCUGGUUGGUUUUGGAUCACCACAGCAUGAUGGAAAUACCUUCUGAUGUACUGUAAAGGAUACAUCGCCCUUACACAGGAUUCCUGUAGCUUACCAAGCCCACCUAUUAGCUUAGACCCCCCAAAAGGCCUCCCCCGCCCCCCCCAAAAAAGACCAACAGAACCCCUUGCCCAUCUCAUAGGACAUGCACACAAUUUUAUCAAGAGUUGCCAAACCUGGACCAGCAUUUCAGGCAUCACCAGGCACUGGAAGUAGGGUGGGGCUGGACCUUAAACAAUCUUCCAGCAUGCAAUGGAUUCUAAAUUGCAUAGAUGAGUAAGAUAGACUCUGCAUCUUCACAUGGAAUGCCAGGGUGACCAAAUGGUCCACCAGUGUGCUUGAGGCCAAGCCACACACUCACACCAGUUCACUAAGUAUUGCAUGAGAUGUUCCAAGGGAAUGGCUUGGGACAAGUCAAGGUCCACCUGUGACCUGAAGUUAUCAAAAGCCAUGUGUUUCUGCUCAUAGCUGGCCUGAGUCCUGGGGGCCAUCAAGGCUCCUAUGACCCUGCACAUUUCUAUGUGCCAAGGCUCCAUAGUCAAGGAGGCAUCCUGUCUGGCUCUGGCUUUGCUCUGGCAUGAGCUGACAAAAGCGCUCCUCCUAGAAAUGAGAUAGGGCAUUGGCAAUGCCAUUGUCAACACCAGGCACAUGCUGAGCCACAAAGAGAACGUUGUGUCACAGGCACUGCAAGACAAAAGCCCAGGCCAGGCUCAUCAUCCUCACCAACUUUGAAGUCUGUGUGUUAAUCACCAGAAUGCUGGCCACUUUGUCACACCAGAACCUGACCAUGGAGUUACUGAGGGUAUCAGCCCACAAAUGGACCACCACAAUGGGGGGAGGGGAAAUUACAAGUAUGUUAAAUUCCUCAUGGCACCUGCUUCCAACCAGCCUCAGCCUCGGAAGAACACACUAAAUCCCAUGCCCCCCCUGCUGCAUCAGAGUGAAUGGGAAGCUCAGCCUCAGCUUGCCAGAAGGAGAUGCCAUUAAAUUUAACCAAAAACUCCUCCCACAUCACCAAGUCAGGCCGCAGCUGGGCCGUCAUGUGGGUUCAAUGGUGGGCCUCCUUCAGACUGGCUGUUGCAUUGCAAAUACACUGCAGAAAUACUUGGCCGGGCGCUCUGACUGCUUGCGGAGUUGAGAUGUCUCAUGCACACCUGAAGUUGUUUAAGCAUCAGCUUCAUGGCCGAGGUGCAUUCCCCAAUCUUGCCCUGAGUGUGGUGAGUUUGUAAUUUAGCAGCCUGCAGCUGGAUGCCACUAUGUUGAGCUCAGUGCCUAAAAAUGUGAGUGCAGUAGCCAGGCUCUCAGUUUUGUCCCUGACCAGAGGCAUGCCCAACUCUUUCACUCACUGUUGGAACUGGUUCAGGAGAUGAGCACAUUUGCUGGCACCUGCAGAACCAACAAGCAAGAAGUCAUUUAGAAAAUGUGCCAUUGUGUUAAGCCUUGCUUUCUUUCCUAGGGCCCACUCCAGCAUGGUCCUGAAAAUUUCAAAGUUCCCAAAUGAUGUAGAGAAUCCCACUACAUAGUAGUGCCCUUCCAACUGGAAACUCAGGAGGCAGAAAUCUGAUGCGUGCACUGGCAGGAGAUGGAAGGCAGACUUGAGGUUGCACUUGACCAUCAGCACCAGUCUGCCACAGUUAUGUGCCAACUUUACACCUUAGUUGAUUGAUGUAUACUGCACUGAGCACAGCUGGCUGAUAUUCACUGGCCCCUUCGGGAAGGGAAGGUGAUUGAUCUGGCAGAACUGACCAGGGGCCUUCUUAUCUUAGGGAUGAUCCCCAGCAGAAAACCCCCCAAAUUUAGGAGGAGGAGGAGGUGGCAGAAGGGGCAAAGCACCCUUCCCAAGUCCACCUCCUUUUGAAUCAUCUUCUGCACCACCUCCUCCAUACCUCUCACGGAUCUCAGUUUCCUUUAAUUCACAUGAACCCUUUGGAGCUUCCACUAUGAGGAGGGUGUUGAACAUGUCCCCUCUCCAGGUGUCUUGGAGAUCAAAUGGCCACUGUCAACUCGAUCACUUUGGAUCAGACUAAUUGGAGACAUGAUCUGCAGCCACAGCUCCAGCUGCUGCCUGUCCCAUGGCAAGGAGGGCUCCAUGGCUGCUCUCAUGUGGAAAUUUUGAUCAUAAUUAAGCCACACAUUUCCAGCAAAGUCCAUAAAGACCUGGUGAAUAAUGUCUAAAAUACUGACCAACACCAGGAUGGGCCCUGGCUGGACCUGUGGCACUGCUUCCAUGUAAACAGUCAGCAGACAAGCAGUUGGCCCAAUUAUGAUCAAUUGAUUUCCAUUUUGACUUCUCCAGGUCCCGGGCCUGCUCACCUUCCUUCUGUACCACCUCUGGCUCCUGAAAGAGGAGCUGGAAGAUACUGACUUACUCUCUCACUAGAUGCACUUGGCAGUAGGUGACCUCUCAAUGGUGUGUUUAACUCAGCCAAUGCAUUCUCGCUGCCACCAAUGCUUGUCAGGGCUGUCUUUCUCCCAUGGCAUCUGCAUUCUGGUCAUCCAGUGCCAGAUGAGAACCAGUCAGGGUGAUCUCCAAAGCAACGAUUCUGUCAGAAAGUGCCUGCAUUAGCCUGGCCCACCUUUCAGCCCUGGUGUUCCUAUCUUCGGGGGCUAGCUGACCUGAGAGAUCCCCUGACCUGAGAUUUCUUUACUUUCUCCAUGUCUUCCAGCCAGACCAACAAAGCCUACACCUCUCCCCAAUUGUUUUCUUCUUCAGAAGAAGACAGAUGGAGAGGAGGGUGCUUCCAUUACUGCACAGGGUGCCUGUCCUGCUUCCAUUUGGCUUUCUUGGGUCCCAUGGUGGCCUGCAGACAGGUGCACGCCAAAAAAAAAAAAAGAGGGGAUGUCUGGUGCACUUGCUUGCCAAAGGUGAACCCAUGCCUAAUGGGAGCCCAGGGGGUCCCUUCAGUGUUCAAUAGGUAUGUUCCCUAAGCCAGCGUAUUGAGGCUGAAAAUCUUGUUGCUUUCCUGCACCCCACCCAUGCAAUGCCACUCAUCCACUGCAACCAGGACAAUUAGAAUAUCCCACAGUGUUCACAUACAGUCUCCCCUACAAAUGCAAAUGAAGGCAGACCCUGCUGAGCAAAGGGGACAGUACAUAUUUGCUGCCUCCCAAGACCAGCUCUCCACUGUGACCUUAUGUGCCUUGCCUACUAGUUUGGGCUCUCUCACUGUGACUUCAUGUGGUCACACCUCCAAAUGCAACCAGGAGCCCGAUGCCCCUGGGGAGCAUCAGCUAUCCCACCACCACCCGCUGCCAGGCCCCCCCAGGUCCCUCGACCCAGGAAGCCAGUAAGUGCCCAGGUGAACUACACCGUAACAGAGAGUCAGCACAGGAGCAGCAAGGCUCGUCUGGGCCCACAGUGCCCCCCAUGGUAAGGAACCUCACUGGGCCCAGGUCCAGCCCACAGGUGAUGUGGGAGAAAUCUGGGUCAGAACUGUACCACGCCCCACAAUGAGGCCCCUGGAGUGCUGGAGAGGGCCCAGGGCGUGGGGAUGAAGAAGUGGCCAUCCUCAAGAGUGAGCCACCCUGCCAUUGGCAGGAUGGAGGCCUCUUUAGCUGAUCCUUGAUGGGUGAGAAGAGGCCUCCAAGGUGCUAGGGCCUGCCCAGCCAUGAUCCAAGGUAUGACAAGAGUGGAGGGAGCCAAGCACAUGAGCCAGCCCUGGCACACUGCAGCUGCCCACCAGUGGGACGGUAGGACCUGUUUGGGCAAGUGAGUCUGCCGUUCAUGGAGCAGUGGCUGGGCGUGUUUCCCAGCAGCCUGGUGCAGCCAUUGGUCCCACAGCCUCCUUACAGCCCUUCUCCUGCUGCUUGCUCCAGGGGUGCCACACAGCCUUUCAAAGUGCAUGCAUCACCCCUCUACUUCACCACCACGGGAAUCACCCAUGCUACUUGGAGCAGCACCAAGUGUCCUUCUCCAACGCCUCUUCUAAACUGAAUGGCAGCUGGAGGAGAGCUGGUGCAAUGGGCACUGCUUGGCUCCUCGUCCUGCCACCAUUUCCCCCUCCCCAUGUCUGAGGAAGCCUGGGACAAAUCCGCCACACCCUGGAUGGGUCUGGGUGUUUAGUGGCAUUCUCUGUGAAAAAGCAGCAGAAUAUACAGUGAGGAUGGAGGGAAGAAUGUGCUUGAAAGUCACAUAUCGAGGAAGGUGCCUGGACCAUUUCACAAAAGGCUGCCAAAUGUUCUUCCUGAACUUUGAAGCUUGCAAUUUUCAGGACCAAUCCAGUGAUGAAGAAGUCCACCUUCCUGAACUAACAGUGUGACUCUUGCCAUCUUCAGGAGGAAAAACACUGUUCAAUGAGGUUAAGCAUCCUGAAGAUGAUCAUGGAUUUUUUGAGGACAGACAUUACAAGACUGGGCAAGAAGCAGGAAGACUGGGCAAGAAGACUCAUGCAGAAGUGUUUUCAGUCAAUCAGGGAAACAUUGGGAAGUGAAAUGCAGAAUCCAGGAGGAAGGAGGCAUCUACAGAGUAGAGCAUACUCCUCAGCACUCUGUCUUCCCUGGUGAGUCUGGUUAUGAUUGUAGAAUCCUUACUUGCAUUCAAGGAACUGAGCAUCUGGCUGAGAGAAGACCCUCACCACGGAAGGAAAACAUGUGGAAGGAAGGUUAGUGACAAAUAGGCAAAUGCCACUUUUGUUCAAGGUGGAGAUUCAGAAGGCUUCUGUGUGACCCUGAUCCAGUAGAAGGGAGGGGCUGGGACUGUGCCUGGCCUCAGAGCCUGGGGUGCUCACCCAAAAAAGGGGAGGCAUAGUCAUACAGCAAACAACUGCCUCACCCCAGGAGUGGAAGCCACAUUGUAGUUUACAGAACUCUGUUAAAACCAGUUACUAAAGUUGUGGCCCAGGUUUUCACUCAUUUCCGUGUCCCAUCAGAAAUGGCACACAAAACCAUUCCUUCCCCCACUCUGCGUGCAGCGUGCAGAAUGAAGUAGUGGUGUUGCAUUCAGUCUCAGCAGGGUGCAUGUUGGACCAUGCAGUGGACAAUGCUGUGGGCUGCAUCCUCAGUCUAUACGGCCAAUCAGGAAGGCCGUAUAGAACACACUAAAAAGGGAUCCCCAACCCAUGUUGGCCUCCUGCAGGAACAUCUCGGUAUCCGCUUACCCUCCUGAGCAACAGUGUGGGAUUAGCUGGCUGCCAUUCGGGGCCGAGUAGGAAUUUUUCCCACCCACUCAGAUUGGCCUGGAGGUGGAUGGUUUUUUGCCUACUCUGCACUGUCGCACUGGAAGGGAUUUUUGAUUUGGCGAACAUUAGGAGCGGUGCCAUUUAAUAGUGUAGCCCCUUGGUCACAACAGCAGGUGAGGGGGGGGGUACACUGCCUCACCCCAAGGGUGGCAGCUGCACUGUGGCUUAGCUACACAGCAGAUCUCUUGUUAAAACUAGUUAAUAAAGUUGUGGCCCUAGUUUAAACCUA